GCCCAGAGUGGUGGUGACUCAAGGUGGUCCCCCUCUUCCAGACUCUUGGACCAAGGCAGCAUCACUGUCAGACCAGGAAUUCUAGCCGAGGUGGUGCCACUCCUGACCCCAGGCCGCAGGUGACCACUUCAGGUCCCAGGCUGCAGAGCAGGAGCUGCAAUGGAGUCCGAGUGGGACGCGCUGAGCGCGCUGGGGGCCAUCACGGCCGCCUGGCUGCUGCUGCGGGGGACCUGGGGAGUGGCCCGCGCUGUGUACGUGUACCUGCUGCCCCAGGUCCGGAGGGGCAAUGCUUGGCUCCGGGCACAGGGAGCCUGGGCAGUGGUGACAGGAGCCACCAGCGGCAUUGGCAAGGCCUACGCACACGAGCUGGCCAGGAGGGGGCUGGACAUCGUCCUCAUCAGUAGAAGCCUCAGCAAGUUGGAGCAAGAGGCCAGGGAGAUUGAGCGGUUGCACGGCAGGUCCACGCGCAUCAUCCAGGCGGACUUCACCCGGGGCUUGGAGAUCUACGGUGCCAUCGAGGCAGGACUGCGGGGCCUGGAGAUCGGAGUCCUGGUGAACAAUGUUGGCAUGGUGUAUGGAGGCGGUGGCUCAACCUUUAGGAAGCUGCUGGACCUUGAGGACGUGGGCCAGCUAGCCCUGAAUUUGUGUGGAUCCUCCUGCCCCAGCCUCCCGAGUGCUGGGGUUCCGAUGUGGACCUCCGUGCCCAGCCUUGGGUCAGUCCUGCUCAAGGGCACAGAGCAUAUCAGAUAUCAUCAACUGCAACGCGAUGUCGGUGGCACAGAUGGUCCGCAUUGUCCUGCCCCAGAUGGUCAGCAGGCCUUUGUGCGAAUCUUCUCAGAGGCGGUGUGUGCAGAGUACUUUCCUCACGGUGUCACCAUCCAGACCGUGAGCCCCAUGUUUGUCUCCACUAAUAUGAUCGACAAUGCACAGACUGGGCUGCUCGUGAAGGACGCUGACGAGUUCGCCCGUGAGGCGCUGGACACGCUGGGCCUCUCCUCCCAUGUAUCGGGCUGCCUCUGGCACUCGGUGCAGAGCUUCCUGCUGCCUUUUGUCCUGCCCCAGUGGUUAAGGCACAGUCGCUGGAUGGUCAAUCUUCUGUCUGCAGGAAGCAAGUCCAAACUUCUCCCUUUCGUUAAACCUCAAGGGACUUAGUAAAGAUGGGUCCCAAAGUCUCCCGGGGGUGUUGUGGAGCAGCAGGCCACUGUGACACCGCACACUGGGUGGGAGGGCGGCCUGGCUCUGUUCUGGCAGAAAGAUGCAGUUUUCCAUAUGAGCUGUGAACCUGGUGACAUUUUAUAAUUAAAACAUACUGUAGUGGUCGCACAGCUUAGUGAGUGUACUGAAUAAAGUGAAUUGCACAGCA